CUACUGUUAGACGAAAUACAAGGAAGAUCGGAUAAAUGAACUCGGAUCUUCUGCAACUGCCUUCGAGCUUGACAAAAGUGUGCUAAAAAGUAGAGGAGCAACAGAUUCGAUUCAUUCCCUGGUGAAAAUGAGGAUGCGGUGCAUCAAGAUCGAGAAAAAGAUCAUGAUUUCGUUUGAGUGUGCUUCUGCUGCUCCACAACUAGACUACAAGGUGUACGCAGAAAAUGAAGAUAUAGAUCCUCUACUUCCUGUGCUGCAUGUUCCUUGGCUUGUGCUUGUGCUAUUCUAGUAAAUAAAUUGUGUUCCUGCUACUUCGUGUAUGAACAAAUCUAAAAUCAAAAUUUGAACACAGGAUGUUCGAUGUUGAUGCGAGGCCCCACGACAUAGAUUCGUUUCUUAUCCGUUUUCAAUAGCAACUCUGGUUCUAGAGGUUUUUUGUUUGUUUAGAUUCUACAACGUCGCAGUCGCAGUCACCUACUUCUGAGCAGUAAAAUGACAUCAGUUCCAGUAGACCUCAACAAUCCGCCAGCAGCUGAGGCCAUGUCCUUUGCCAACAAGCGGCCAUGUAGUUCUUCCCCUCAAGAAGCGACAACAGCCGUAAUAUCGCCCCGCCCUACGGCUCGCCCAACAACUCUCCCAGCAGCAGGUCUUGAACUAAACCAACCAGCGAUAUUACAAAACCCCCCAGCCACGACGUCGUUUCAGUCCUACCUCCUGCUCCACAAUGUGGGGAAAAAGCAAAAUUUCGGUCAGCUCCUCCGCUCAGCUAUGGCGUUCGGCGUGACCGAAGUGGGCGUGGUGGGUGCGAAAAAGAUUGCCGAUUUGCAACUGUUCGGCAACCAGGGGACCUGUUCGCACUGCGAUUUCCGGUUCUUUGAUACGUUGCAUGACGCGAAAACGUACUUCUGCGAAGAGAAAAACGCGGAGCUGUGUGGGAUUGAAAUUUCCAACACGUCGAGACCGGUCAUUGCGAAAAUGAUGACGACACGACAGAUGAAUUAUCUUCGAAAUUGUAAAGACGGUGGAGGCAGCACCAGCAGCAGCUGCAGCAAAAACAGAAAUUGCGACACGAAACUACAACCACAGCAGGAAUAUACCACAAAUUAUGAAUCCAAAGCAGAUGCAGAUGCAGGCGAGAAUCUGGAGGCACAGCAACCGGAAUCCCGGUCCCUCUUCCAGAUGCACUUUCCCUUCACCAAAUCCACGGUUUUUAUGCUCGGGAACGAGGGCUCUGGGAUGUCGGAGCAACAAAUCAAAAUCUGCGACUUUUUGGUCCACAUUCCCCAGCACUCGAAGAAAACAGCGUCGCUUAACGUCGCCGUCGCCGGGUCCAUUGUGUUGCACCACUUCGCAAUUUUCGCGGAUUUUGCCGAAACCGGGAUAAUCGGGGAGAAGUUUGAGCUGGAAGAACCCCGGAGCAAAGUGGACAAAUUCAAAAACCCCACAGACGCGGAAAAACAGGAGAUCGAGCGCAAGAGGCAAAUGAGGAAAAGAAAAAGGGAAGAGGUAGAGGACGAUUGUGUUGAAGGUGGGGGUGUAGCUGUUGUUGUUGACGGGGCGCAAUUACCAGACGACCAAAUGAUCGUAGACUCUGAAAGUCCUGCUGGACCCGAGCCCUCUGCUUCUGAGUACGGCGGUGCAUAAAAAUGAUCAGCACGAUGAACACGACGUGAUCCAAUGAAGCUAACAGUGCCAAUGCGUCAAGGAUCAGACUAAGUAUAAUUGAGACGGUAUCUUUAUGGGAUUCUUCAAGAAGCGCUACUCGCUCCGCUUGGAGCCAAGACAACUUUUGUUCAUCGGUCUGCGGGACCAUUUUGCGUUGCUGCGUCUUCCC